GUUGGACUUUGGUCACCUUUGGUCCCCAUCCAGACGUUUUACUAUUCUUUCGCCUUGGACAGCUGAAGAGAAGCAACAUCAUCAGCUCACAGCUCACUACACUCGCUCCUCAUGGCUGGUGGUGGCCAAGGCUUGAGCGGUGGCACCGUGGCGGAACACGCCCUCGAGGCAUGGCAGGACUGUGCCGAAGGCCACGGCGGCUACGUUCUGGCCGCUGGGAGCAUCUCGCUUCAAAAGGUGGUUGCCAAGAUCCCUUGUAGGCCGCAGUGUGCUACUGAUCUGGGCCGCCUCUUUGCAGAGCCGCAAGGGGAGAUGGCCAUCUUUCUGCAGAUGCUCCGGCCGCAUGAAGACCAGGUGCAUUUUCUUUACUUCUGGAAGGCCUUCGGCGAAGCGGCACGUACUGCAGGUGCUGUUUCGAUUGAGGCCGAGAACUUGUGUUCAGAGCUCGAGAUGCUUCGGGAUCGGAUCCUGCGCCGCGCGGAAGAGGAUCGACUGGCUGCCCGGGAGAAAGAAGGUGACUCCACCGCCUCGACCGCCUCGCGCAGCUCCGUGGCGACGGAGUUCUCCCUCCACGGCCUUUUGCAAGAGCUAGAAAGGGCCUCUGCCAUGUCCGCGUAUCCCGAGUUCUGGAGUCAAGCUUCCGAGCUGCUCCAACAGAGGGAUCCUGCUGACAUGCUGACGCUGGAAGAAGUCACGAAUGUGCUGCUCUCAUGGGUACAAGAUGUCGAUCUAUGGGAGCACCGGCAGUCCGCACCGGUGCCGGUGGCGGCGGCCGGAAAGGCAGAGGGGCUUCGGGUCUUGCUCCAUGUCUACGACGUGUCCCAGGAGGAUUCGAUCCAAAAGCUGAAUAAGGUCUUGGCCUACAAGCACUUCCCGCUGAAGUUCGGUGGGGUUUUCCAUGCCGGCGUCGAGGUCAAUGGCAUGGAGUGGUGCUUCGGGUUUUCCGGUAGCAAGACGCAUCCGGGAGUCUGCUGCGUUGAGCCCAAAGCCCAUCCAGCUCAUCACUACCGACAGACGGUCGACAUGGGCUACACGCGAUGUGCGCCUGAAGAGGUCACGGAGAUCAUCCAGCACAUGCUGGAGGAGUAUCCGGGUGAUGACUACGACCUCCUGCGGCGGAACUGCUGUCAUUUUGCAGAUGACUUCACAAGGCGCAUGGGUGUUGGCGGCAUUCCAGGCUGGGUGAUGCGACUCGCGAGGAUUGGCGCCGGAGUGGAUUCGAUGAUCAAGCACGCACCGAAGGGUCUUCGCCAGAAGCUCGGCUACGAGGACGACGAUUCGGAUUGACCCAAGUCCAGAGGACUUGGCUCGGUGUGUUUUGCGGAUGCCCGAUCCAGUGACUUUGAGAGGCUUUGUGCCACUGCCAACAUGAAAAGCCCG